AGUUACCCUGAAGAGUCGAGAAUAGCGAGGUAGUUCGUCAUGGAGACUCGUUCAGGUAGCAUAAAGGAUCCGAUUUAUUAUCCAUCUGGCUCGGAGAACUUGGAAGUAAGCAACGAUGUUAAAUCAAGCGCGCGUAGUUCUGGUGGUAGUCAAGAACUUAGUUUGGACGAGAGCGCCUCGCUCAAAGUACCAAGAAAAUUUAUUGCUAAUUGGCGGCAAGCUUGCGAUCGAACCCGUGAUAAAACAAAAGAUUUGUUAAAGAGAUGGAGAACGGUACCAAGCAAUGUCGACGAACUUACUGCAACCACUAUUGCUACCAAAGAAAUUGAACAUCCUGGCUGGAGUGUACACGUUUGGACAACUUGGGUGAGUCGUUAUCCGAGCGACGAUAGCUUAACAGCGAUCGAAGAUUUAGAUAAACAUGGACAUUUGAAAGCUUUGGCGCCUAUACAGCGUGACAAACUUUCACAUUUCUUUGUACAUCUUUUGGAUCACGACAAGGAUGGUUUUAUUACUAGAAAGGAUUUCGGGAUGCUAUCCGAGAAAUUACGAAGAUUUGCUGAUUGGUCAUGGAACGGUCCAGAAUAUUUACGUUUAUUGGAAGUCGAGAAAGGAUUAGCUUCUUUAAUAUUUCCUGAAAAGAAAAACGAGACGGAAGAAAUGAGAAAAAUCGAUUUGGAUGAUUGGUUAUCUUGGUGGGCGCAAAUAAUAGCACCAGUUCAUGGGGCGAGUUAUAAAGAGUUACCGUUUUGGAUUAAAAUGAUACCUAGAAUAUUUUUUCUUGCUAUUAAUGGUAAUGGAAAUGGAAGGAUCAGCAAGGACGAGAUUGCUAAUUUUUAUGGUUCCGUAGUUGGCCUUGAUUCGGACAGAAUUAAAAAUUGUCUUGACUUUGCCUAUAAUUCUAUGACCUCUAAUGGAGAUCAUCCUCUUGCUUGGCCGCAGUACCAAUUAGUGUUCGCUAAUUUUUUGUUUGGACGUGGUCCUUUCGGACCAGGUGAACAUUUUCUUGGUAUGACAGACUCUUGUGUUGCACGUGGAAACAGUAUUCCUUUUCCAAUCGAUUAUUCCGCUAUGAAUACUCCGAAAGAUAAAUUAGAAAUUUAUAGUCCUCAUUGCAAAAGUACUAGACGAAGUGUCGUUGUAUAAAAUAUAUAAUUGUUAUUAUUAUUAUAUAUAAAAAUGAUAAUUAUUAUUUGCCAACUUUGUUCCUUUGUAAAUGUUACAUUACAAUUGGUCUUUUUAAAUUACUCGCACGAGUUAUCUGCGGCUUUUGAUAGACCCAAAAUCACUUAAAAUUAAUUUAAAUAUUAUUUACAAUAUUGUGUUUAACAUUUUAAAAAUUGUUAUUGUAAUCAA